AUGUGUGAGGUGUGUGAACAAGCACCGACUAAUGUCACGUGCAAGGCGGACGCCGCCGCGAUGUGUGCCAUGUGCGAUCAAGAUAUUCACUCCGCGAAUCCGCUUACUCGCCGCCACGUUAGGAUUCCGGUGGUUGCGUUUUAUAAUUCCGGCGAAUUUGUGAAUUUAACAGAUACAGUUUCAGGUUACGGGUCGAAAGAAGACAAUAAUAAUCGUGAAAUUUCGAGAAAUAGGACGAAUAUUGAUGCUCAAUCGGUUAUGAAAUUUGUAGAUAUGUCACUUGGGGAUGAUUUUCUGUUCAAUUUCGGUUUCCGAUUCAACGAUUCAGUUAACGAUGGCGUUGUUCUGGUUCAAUCACUGGUGGCGACGAAGAAUUCUCCAGCGGAACUAGUGUUCAAUCACAGAUCAACCGGAAACCGCUACAAAAUCAAUUUUAACAGAUGCGUGAGCAACAAUAUCUACAACAAAAGUAACUCUCAAUCUCAUAGUGUUUCUUCUUCUUUGUCAAUGGAGAUUAGGGUGUUAGAUGUAUCAAAUCUGUUAAUUUUGGGCCACAUCAUCUUUGUCACGUCCGACAAAUAUGCCACGCCAACCAAAAAAUCUAACUCAGUUAGAGCUUAUUUCACUGAGAAGUGA